AUGGGUCUGCGUGGUUUUCAGUUGGGCCUCCGUGCGUGGGAGUUCGUAUGGACUCUCCUCAUUAUGGCCCUCAUUGGUAACAUGAUUGCCAGUGCAUUCGCGGGCAACCCGGCCACGGUCAACUACUCGAUGUUUGUCGCGGCGUUCUCUAUGUUCACACUAUUCUAUCUGGUUCCGGCCUCGUUCAACUCGGACUGGGCCCUGCACCCGAUGAUCAUGAUCGUGGUCGACGCGCUCAACUGCGUGUUCUUCUUCUGCGCGGCCAUCGCCCUCGCCGCGAAGCUGACGUGCCACUCUUGCAACAACCGGGGCUAUCUGCGGAGCAACGAGAUCACCAACGGCGCCCACAACAUGGAGAAGCGUUGCCGUGAGGCUCAAGCGUCUGUGGCCUUCCUGUGGUUCGGCUGGGCGGCUUAUAUGGCAUCUGUCAUCAUCUCCAUCUUCAUGGCCCGGUCGGCUACUGUCAGCGUGCGUGGCCGCACCGGUAGCGGCCGUCGACGCCCCAACAUGGCCCAGGUCUAA